ACCUGACUCCAAAUGAUCCUCAUUUCCAGAUCCAGCAUAAUGAAGAAAAAUCAAACAAACCUGACCGAAUUUAUCCUGGAUGGGUUUUCAGCGUUUCCAGAGUUGCAGACAGUUUUAUCUGUGGUGUUCCUUCUCAUGUACAUUCUAACCCUCUUGGGAAAUCUGGUGAUCAUCUCAGUCAUUGGAGUUGAUUGCAACCUCCAUGUUCCCAUGUAUUUCUUCCUUUCUGUUUUGUCCUUCUCUGAAACCUGUUACAGUUUAGUCAUUAUCCCUAAAAUGCUGGUCAAUUUGUUAGCCCGAAGUAAAACCAUCUCCUUUGCUGGAUGUGCUGCCCAAAUGUUCUUUUUCCUUGGACUGGGAGGAACAAAUUGCCUUAUUCUGACUGUCAUGGGGUAUGACCGUUUCCUUGCAAUAUGCUAUCCCUUGCGCUAUCCUGUCCUUAUGAAUGUUUGGGGGUUUUCCCAGCUUGUGGCCUUUUCCUGGGCUGUGGGGUUUCUCAUAUCCCUGACAGAAACAGUCCUAGUGUUCAGGUUGCCCUUCUGUGAUUCCCAUGUCAUUAGCCACUUCUUUUGUCACAUGAGGACCCUGGUCAGGCUAGCUUGCACUGAUGAUCACAUAACAGAAGGGGUGAUAGCUGCUAUCUCAAUUGUGGGCUUGUCUGUCAGCUUCAUGUUGAUCAUGCUGUCCUAUGUUUUCAUCCUCUCCACGAUCCUGCGCAUUCCUUCCACUGAUGGACGGCAUACAGCCUUCUCCACUUGCGCUUCCCACCUCAUUGUAGUGAUUGUGCAUUAUGGGUUUGCCUCCAUCAUUUAUUUCAAGCCAAACACGGCCAGUGCGCUAAACAAUGAUACGUUGCUGUCCAUUCCCUAUACCAUAAUUACUCCAUUUCUCAGCCCCAUGAUAUUUACCUUGAGGAACAAAGAAUUCAAAGUGGCCUUUAAAAGAGUUCUAGGUCUCCCUUAG